CGUCGGCUGUGAAGACGCGUGCGUAAGUGACCAAGUUUCACGAGCGUGUGUUGAUUUUGUGCGGCCUCAGACGGGUAAACGGAAAUUGGAACAUGGUAGUGUUGACAAUUUGAAUUUCUCGUUGAAAUUACGUAACUCCAGAGCAAAGUAGUUCGUAACAACGUUGCCACGUCUUGCCUCUCGAGACGUAAUGGCCGAAGAGGCAGGAGGAAAAGAGAAAAUAGAUGAAAAAGACGAGUUAGAAUAUGCGCUCGACAAACUCGGCGAGGGGUCGAAGCUGCUAUGGCUUGUUUUUGCCCUUACUGCAACACCCACGUUAUUCAACGGACUCCACGCGACGUCUUACGUUUUUUUAGCCGAGGUACCCACUCACUGGUGUGCAGUCCCAGAGUUAUCGGCAGCCAACUGGACUGAUUCACAAAUUAGAAAUAUAUCAUCAGCAUCCUCUUGUUCCGUGUAUUCCUACGAUUACUCGUAUCUGGCUGAACUGGGAUUUGAAGGUGCCUUGGAGUACGUGAGCUCAAAUGAGAAUCCAGGAAGCGAAAGCUGCACGGCGAUCAGCUACGCGGAUGACAUUGACGGAACGUCGAUCGUCGCUGAAUGGGAUCUGGUCUGUGACAGAACCGCGUUACGAAGUAGCGUCCAGAUGGCAUUGUCCUUGGGAAAAUUUCUUGGCGCUAGUACGUUCGGCGUUGUUGCCGACAAGUUCGGAAGACGAAUCAGCUACAUAACUGGUGCUGUGUUACUGAUCGUCGCUGGACCCCUUAGUGCCAUUGCUCCCUGGUAUUGGCUGUUCAUGAUACUCCGAGCUCUGAUUGGAGUCAGUAAUUCCGCAAUUUAUCAUUCGUCCUUCACGAUUCUAACAGAGGUUGCUGGUCCCAAACACAGAGCGUGGAUGGGAAUCGUCUACAGUAUGGGCUAUCCAUUCGGAAUGAUGAUUCUCCCAGGAAUCGCCUACUUGGUACAUGAUUGGAAACUUCUUCAAUUAGCCAUUACCGUACCGGCUAUUGUCUUGCUUCUCCAUUGCUGGUUUAUGCCGGAAUCCCCACGGUGGUUAAUGUCUCAGAAUCGUCGUAAAGAGGCGCAAGCGAUUAUCGAAAGUUCGUACGGUCCCAUUUACGCAGGUAAUGACAGUCAUGCCCUGGCAACACACGAAAAGGAUAGCAAGAAUUAUGCGCAAAGAGAAGACGUUAAAGUUUCAAACGAACAACUGAGUUUUUCUGAAAAAUGGAAAAGUUUGAUCGAGUUAGUCUCCAACGUGGAAUUGCGGAAGAGAAUAUUCAUCGCGUACCUCGCAUGGGCCGCGACGUCCCUUUCGUACUACGCAAUUGCAUUGAACGUGGACAACUUUUCGGCCAAUCGAUACUUGUACGCCUUUCUGACAGGAGCCACUGAAAUACCAGCGUAUUUGGUGCCAUUACCACUUUUAGCUUUAAUGGGUCGCCGUCCUGUUACAGCUCUAUUAUUUUCGAUAUCCGGUGUAGCGCUGCUCAGUAUUUUGCUAAUUCCUCAAGCAGAAACAACCGCCAUCACGGCAGUUGCAUUGACUGGAAGAUUAGCUGUGGCCGCGGUGUUCAGCGUUAUAAUCUUGCACACUUCUGAAUUAUUCCCUACGGUUUGUCGAAACAGCGCUGUGGGGACGAGCUCAACUAUGGCUCACGUUGGCAGCAUUGCGGCGCCGUACGUCGUCGAUUUAUUAGGGGAAAAGGUGUGGUGGGGACCCAGCACACUAUGUGGCGCUUUGGCGCUCAUCGCUGGGUUAUUGUCCCUGGUUCUACCAGAAACGCGGGGAAGACCUUUGACUGAUACCGUCGACGAGGAACUGGCCGAGGGACGGGGAAGCGUAUCAAUUAAAAACUGUUGUUCGUUUAGAUAGAAAUACGCCGGCCAAUUCAUGCUACAGUACAAUAAAUGGAUAGAUCAGAGGUGCUGUUCAUUUGAUCGUUGCAAUCCCAGAUAGCAUUCUGUUGCAAGUUCACGUUACGGUCAUGUGCACGUGCAUGACUCGGACGGCAGCCAC